UUUUACACGUGAAACGAUUUCAAAUUACACCUUCCUACUGGGAAAUUCGCCACGAGUCACAGAAACUGAUAUUUUACGUUCUCACAUUGGUGAUGACGAUUUCUGGUUUGUUUCCAAGAAACGUACUGUGUCUUCAAAGUUGUAUUAGCGGUUUUAGGGCGAGUACGUGAGGGGCAGGUAAUUUAUGUGCGUUAUGUUGGCAAGAUCGAAAGACUUUGAGGCACAACAUGGCGGAUGCUGCUGCUAGGCAGUUGCAAUAUGAGUAUAAAGCGAAUUCAAAUCUUGUACUUCAAGCGGAUGUUCGCCUUAUUGAGCGACGCAGUCGAGAUGAGGCAACAGGCGAAGUUAUGUCCCUUGUGGGGAAACUGGACGGUACUAGAAUGGGUGAUAGGCACCAAAGGACACGACCAGUAAAGGCUGCAGAAAGAAAAGCGAAACGUCAAAAACGUGAUGAAGCUCAGUAUGAUUUCACCAGGAUGAAAGGAGCCACAUUAUUGUCUGAGGGAGUAGAUGAAAUGGUGGGCAUCUUGUAUCGUCCCAAGACUCAAGAGACUCGUCAGACAUAUGAAGUUCUACUCAGUUUUAUUCAAGAGGCUUUGGGUGAUCAGCCUCGCGAUAUCUUAUGCGGAGCUGCAGAUGAAGUUUUAGCAGUGCUAAAAAAUGAUCGCUUGAAGGAACGAGAGAAGAAGCGUGAAACAGAAUCGUUGCUUGGAAACUUGGCUGAAGAGAGAUUUGCCCUUCUUGUAAAUUUGGGAAAGAAAAUAACAGACUUUGGUACAGAAGAAAAGGUUGCAACAGCAGAUGAGAACAUUGAUGAAACAUAUGGAAUCAAUGUUCAGUUUGAAGAAUCUGAAGAGGAAGAUGAUGAAGAUAUUUAUGGAGAAGUGAGAGAAGAGGAAGACGAAGAAGAAGGAGAAGAAGCAAAAUUAGAUGGGACAAUUCAUGCAGAAAAUUUAGGAGGAGCUGAAGAAAUGAAGAAGGAGAAAUCACUUCAUCCUUUAGAUAUCGAUGCAUAUUGGCUUCAGCGUCGGCUGUCAAAGUUCUAUGAUGAUGCGAUGGUAUCACAGGCAAAAGCUGCUGAGGUUCUUUCGGUUCUUAGAGAUGCUGGGGAUGAUAGAGAUUGUGAGAACCAGUUGGUACUACUGCUUGGUUACGAUUGUUUUGACUUUAUUAAACUACUGAAGAAGCAUAGACAUAUGAUUCUGUACUGCACACUUCUGGCCUCGUCUCAGAGUGAAUCAGAGCGACAGAAGAUACGAGAUAAAAUGAAUGAAGACUCGUCUCUGGCUCGUAUCUUAAGGCAGCUGGAUACUGGAAAGGGCGAGGAUGAUGGUGGAGGGGAGGAUGGGGGAAUAGCAAGAGCUUCUAGGCGUAAGGAGCAGGCAGAUGAAGGAACGGAUGGUGCUGGGGGCCAGGUUCCAGGAUCAAGACAGCUGUUGGACUUGGAGGAUCUUACUUUUGCUCAGGGUUCACAUUUCAUGGCCAACAAACGUUGCCAGCUCCCUGACGGUUCUUUCAGGAAGCAGAGGAAAGGUUAUGAAGAAGUUCAUGUCCCUGCAUUAAAGGCAAAACCAUUUGCACCAGAUGAAAGUUUAUAUGCAGUAGAAAAGCUGCCAAAAUAUGUGCAACCAGCAUUUGAAGACUUCAAGACAUUAAAUAGAAUUCAGAGCAAAUUGUAUAAGGCUGCACUUGAUUCAGAUGAAAAUAUACUACUCUGUGCUCCUACUGGAGCUGGUAAAACAAACGUGGCUCUUCUAUGCAUGCUUCGAGAAAUUGGGAAGCACAUCAAUGCUGAUGGCACAAUAAAUACAGAUGAGUUCAAAAUCAUUUAUGUUGCUCCAAUGAGAUCUCUUGUACAGGAAAUGGUGGGAAAUUUCAGUAAGAGGUUGAAUUCUUAUAAUCUGACAGUGUCAGAGUUGACAGGUGAUCAUCAGCUAACAAGGGAACAGAUCCAAGCUACACAGAUAAUUGUAUGCACACCAGAAAAGUGGGAUAUCAUUACAAGAAAGGGUGGAGAGAAAACGUUUACACAGCUUGUCAGACUCGUUAUCAUUGAUGAAGUUCAUUUACUUCAUGAUGAGAGAGGACCUGUUCUUGAAGCUCUGGUUGCACGAACAAUACGCAACAUUGAAACAACACAGGAGGACGUUCGACUUGUGGGUCUUAGUGCUACCUUGCCCAACUAUCAAGAUGUAUCCACUUUCCUGAGGAUCAAACAGGAGACAGGCUUGUUCUACUUCGACAACAGUUUUCGUCCAGUUGCAUUAGAGCAGCAAUACAUAGGCGUGACAGAGAAGAAAGCACUGAAACGAUUUCAAGUAAUGAAUGAAAUUGUGUAUGAGAAAGUUAUGGAGCAUGCAGGUCGUAACCAGGUGCUUGUGUUUGUGCACUCACGCAAGGAAACAGGAAAGACUGCUCGAGCUAUUCGAGACAUGUGUCUUGAGAAGGAUACUCUUGGUAAGUUCCUGAGGGAAGGUUCAGCAUCGAUGGAAGUAUUAAGGACUGAGGCUGAGCAAGUUAAGAAUCAUGAAUUGAAGGAUCUUUUACCCUAUGGGUUUGCCAUUCAUCAUGCAGGAAUGACUCGUGUAGACAGAACACUGGUGGAAGAUCUGUUUGCUGACAGGCAUAUUCAGGUUCUGGUGUCUACUGCCACCCUUGCUUGGGGUGUAAACCUGCCAGCACAUACGGUCAUCAUAAAAGGAACACAAGUCUAUAAUCCUGAAAAAGGACGUUGGGUAGAGUUAGGAGCUUUGGAUGUAUUACAGAUGCUUGGUCGAGCUGGUCGGCCUCAAUAUGACACCAAAGGAGAGGGUAUUCUGAUCACAAACCACAGUGAGCUGCAGUACUACCUGUCACUGUUGAAUCAGCAACUGCCAAUAGAGUCACAGCUCAUUAGCAAGCUUCCAGAUAUGCUGAAUGCAGAGAUUGUGCUAGGAACUAUUCAGAAUGUCAGGGAUGCUGUUACAUGGCUAGGGUACACUUACCUCUACAUCAGGUUGUUACGUGCAUCUACUCUUUAUGGAAUAUCCCAUGACCGUCUUAAGGAGGAUCCUCUGCUGGAGCAGUAUAGAGCAGACUUAAUUCACACUGCAGCCUUGCACUUAGAUCGCAGUGGACUUGUUAAGUAUGACCGUAAGACAGGACAUUUUCAGGUGACAGAACUGGGCCGUAUUUCCAGUCACUACUAUUGCACACAUGACACCAUGGCAACAUAUAAUCAGUUGUUGAAACCAACCCUGAGUGAAAUUGAACUCUUCAGAGUGUUUUCAUUGUCCGGUGAAUUCCGUAACAUCACUGUUAGGGAGGAAGAGAAAUUGGAACUGCAGAAACUGAUGGAUCGCGUGCCAAUUCCGAUCAAGGAGAGCAUUGAAGAGCCGAGUGCAAAAGUGAAUGUUUUACUUCAGGCUUACAUUUCGCAGCUGAAACUGGAAGGCUUUGCGCUGAUGUCAGAUAUGGUUUAUGUCACACAGUCAGCUGCUCGACUCAUGCGGGCCAUUUUUGAGAUAGUUCUGUACCGAGGCUGGGCGCAGUUAGCAGACAAAGCACUCUCACUGUGUAAAAUGGUGGAUCGACGUAUGUGGCAGUCUAUGUCUCCUCUCCGCCAGUUCCGUAAAAUGCCAGAGGAAAUUGUGAAGAAAAUUGAAAAGAAGAAUUUUCCAUGGGAGAGGUUGUAUGAUCUUAACCCAAAUGAAAUUGGAGAGCUCAUCCGUGUACCAAAGUUGGGAAAGACAGUUCACAAGUAUGUACAUCAAUUUCCCAAGCUUGAGUUGUCUACUCAUAUCCAACCUAUAACAAGAUCAACAUUGCGUGUGGAGUUAACAAUCACACCCGACUUCCAGUGGGAUGAAAAGUUGCAUGGUGCAUCUGAAGCAUUCUGGAUUCUUGUGGAAGAUGUAGAUUCUGAGGUUAUCCUGCACCAUGAAUAUUUUCUUCUUAAGUCCAAAUUUGCAACUGAUGAACAUCUUGUCAAGUUUUUUGUUCCAGUAUUUGAACCUCUUCCUCCGCAGUAUUUUCUGAGAAUUGUGUCAGAUCGAUGGAUAGGCGCAGAGACUCAGUUACCAGUCUCCUUCAGACAUCUCAUUCUACCGGAAAAGAAUCUGCCUCCAACAGAGCUUUUGGAUCUUCAGCCUCUUCCAGUAACAGCUCUGAGAAAUCCUGCAUUUGAAUCUCUAUAUCUGGGUAAAUUUCCCCAGUUUAAUCCCAUCCAGACACAGGUGUUUAAUGCUGUAUAUAACAGUGAUGACAACAUUUUCAUAGGAGCUCCAACUGGCUCAGGAAAAACAACAAUUGCUGAAUUCGCAGUACUGAGACUUCUGUCACAGAAUCUUGAGGGCCGUUGUGUGUACCUCGUUCCUCGUGAUGCUCUAGCUGAGCUGGUGUUUGUUGACUGGCAGCAAAAGUUUGGCGGUGUGCUAGGAAGGAAGGUGGUUCUACUGACAGGUGAAACUGGAACUGACUUGAAGUUGCUGGCGAAAGGUCAGGUAAUCAUUUGCACUGCUGAGAAGUGGGAUGUUCUGUCAAGGCGAUGGAAACAAAGAAAGAAUGUGCAGAAUAUUCAGCUCUUCAUCGUUGAUGAGCUGCAGCUGAUUGGAGGAGAAGAUGGUCCUGUGUUGGAAGUGGUCUGUUCCAGGAUGCGAUACAUCUCUUCGCAGAUUGAGCGGCAGAUCCGUAUAGUGUCGCUUUCUGCUUCUCUGGCCGAUGCUCGUGAUGUUGCGCAAUGGCUCGGCUGCAACGCCAAUGCCACGUUCAACUUCCAUCCCAGUGUGCGACCCAUUCCACUUGAGCUGCAUGUUCAAGGAUUCAACGUUACACACAAUGCAUCCCGUCUCAUUGCAAUGACCAAGCCAGUGUACAAUUCAAUUUUAAAACACAGUCCUCACAAACCAGUGAUUGUUUUUGUGCCUACAAGGAAGCAAGCUCGGCUGACUGCCAUAGACCUCUUGACCUUCACUGCAGCUGAGGGUCAGCCAAAUAGAUUCUUCCAUGCUGAGGAAGAGGACAUCAAACCAUUCCUUGAUCGCAUGACAGAUAAAACAUUGAAGGAGACUCUCUCACAAGGAGUGGCUUAUAUUCAUGAGGGUCUCACGCCAAGUGACCACCGUCUUGUAGAACAGUUGUUUGAUUCAGGAGCAGUGCAGGUAGCAGUAGUGACACGAAACUUGUGUUGGGGUGUCAAUAUAGCUGCGCACUUGGUUGUUAUCAUGGAUACUCAGUUUUAUAAUGGCAAGAUACAUGCAUAUGAGGACUAUCCCGUUACUGAUGUUCUGCAGAUGGUGGGUCGUGCUAAUCGCCCGCUGGAGGAUGAUGAUGCAAAGUGUGUGCUCAUGUGUCAAAGCUCCAAAAAAGAUUUCUUCAAGAAGUUCCUCAAUGAAUCGCUACCAGUUGAGAGCCAUCUAGAUCAUAGGUUGCAUGACCAUUUCAAUGCUGAAAUUGUGACCAAAACUAUCGAGAACAAGCAAGAUGCAGUAGAUUACCUGACCUGGACAUUUAUAUACCGCAGACUCACACAGAACCCAAACUAUUAUAAUCUUCAAGGAGUUACCCAUCGACAUUUAUCUGAUCAUCUAUCAGAACUUGUUGAAAAUACCCUGAAUGAUUUAGAACAAUCAAAAUGCAUCAGUAUUGAAGAUGAGAUGGACUGUUUGCCUUUGAAUCUGGGUAUGAUUGCUGCAUACUACUAUAUCAACUACACCACAAUUGAGUUGUUCAGUCUGUCUCUCAACAACAAGACCAAGAUCCGUGGGUUGCUGGAGAUUAUCUCCUCUGCUGCAGAAUAUGAAGAUGUGCCAGUGCGUCACCGUGAAGAUAAUCUACUUCGCAGUUUGGCAGCACGGCUUCCAAACAAGUUGGCAGGAUCACCCAAGUACAAUGACCCACAUAACAAGACCAAUUUGCUCCUUCAGGCCCAUUUGUCUCGCCUCCAACUAGGAGCCGAGCUACAGGGAGACACAGAAGCCAUUCUUGGCAAAGCCAUCCGUUUGAUUCAAGCUUGUGUGGAUGUGUUGAGUUCCAAUGGUUGGCUUUCUCCUGCAGUAGCAGCUAUGGAACUGGCUCAGAUGGUUACGCAGGCCAUGUGGAGCAAGGAUUCUUACCUGAAACAACUCCCGCACUUCACACCCGACAUCAUCAAGAGGUGCACAGAGAAGGGUGUGGAGACAGUUUUUGACAUAAUGGAACUGGAGGACGAUGACCGCUCAAAAUUGCUACAACUGACCGAUGCACAGAUGGCAGAUGUUGCCAGGUUUUGUAACCGGUACCCUAACAUUGAGAUGAGUUAUGAAGUGCAGGACAAAGACAGGAUCCACAGUGGCUCCUCUGUUAAUGUUAUCGUGCAACUGGAACGUGAGGAUGAAGUCACUGGACCGGUGAUUGCUCCGUUCUAUCCACAGAAACGAGAGGAAGGAUGGUGGGUAGUGAUUGGCGAUCCUAAGAUGAACUCGUUGUUGUCAAUAAAGAGGCUUACUUUGCAACAGAAAGCCAAAGUAAAGCUAGAUUUUGUUGCACCAAGUCCAGGUCAUCACACGUACACGUUGUAUUUUAUGAGUGAUGCUUACCUUGGUUGUGACCAGGAAUAUAAGUUCUCUAUACACGUGGGAGAUUUCCAAUCGGCUGAGAGCGAGAGUGAUAGCGGCAGCGAUUAGAACUGCUGCAUUAAUUCCACAGGUAUCAAGAUGAUUACAAGACAGUUAUAAAGUUGGUCUGUUGUUAAUCCAGGGUUCCUGCACAUUUUGAAUUUAUGUUAACAUACUGACUGUAAGAGGAAGUAGAAAGUGACACAUGCACAUGAAAAUUGUAUGUCAUUUUCAAAAAUAAUAAGUGUAUGUAAAUAAAACAUCAUUUAAACCA